UUUUUUCUUAUUUCAGCUGGCACGCUGCCGAAGUCACCUCGCGAAUGAAGUCGGGCUGAGUUUUAACUUGACAUUUUUUAUAUAUUUUUAAAAAUAUUUUUGAGUGUGUUUUUUAUCUUUAAAAAAUAAUAUGGAGCGCCCGAGCCUCGGGAGAUUAUUUUCUGCGUGCGACGUGAACAAGUCCGGUAAAAUAGAGUACGAUGACUUCACUGUGGUCUGCCGGGAGCUCAACGUCUCCGAAACCGAGAUCAAAUCCCUGUUCGACAAGUUCGACCCGGACGAGGACGGAGGCAUCGACUACGGCAGGUUUGCGUCCAGGUUCCAGGAGGUCUCGGAGACCCUGGACUUCGCGUCCCUCGGCGCGGGCUCGUCCCGGGGCCAAGGCAACCCGUGGGAAGACUUUGAAAGCAGGAUAGAUGCUGAGGCUUUCCUCUCCCAAAGUCUCCGGGAGCAGCUGGCUCAUCUCUAUCAGACCAUUCACUCUUCUGCGAACACAAAUUUGCUGCAGCAGUAUGAGGAAAUCAUCCACUCGCUGAUCAGCCAGAGCCAGGACAACAGACUUGAGUGUGAACAGCUGGAGACCAGUAUUAAGCGAGCCGAGGAGAUGAACAACAGUCAGCUGUCAGAACUGGAGGAGGACCUACAGCAGCAGCUGGCCAAAACCGAGGAGAGGGUGAGAGACGAGGAACGUAAAAAAAUGGAAGGAGUUAUGGCGGGUGUGCAAAGGAAGCAUAAGAACGAGGUCAUGGACCUGCAUGCAACUGUGGACAGACUGUUAAAGAGCCAAGAGGAUUCUGAAUUCAACCAUUCAAAGGAGGAAAUGGAAACGCUGAACAGACGUAUCAGUGACCUCUCGCAGCAAAAUGAGGACCUGCGAACUUCUCUGCUUCAAGCCCAGACGGACAGCGCCGUGCUGCACUCGGAGCUGGACAAGCUGAAGAACAUGUACGCGGACCAGAAAGCUCAACAUAAAAGAGAAAGCGAUGAACUGAAGAGGAUGGUUAUGGAAUACCAGUCGUAUUCAAACCAGAUUCAGAUUCUCCAGGAAACAAACAAAAAGCUGUAUGACAGUAACGACGGGCUCCGCUCUGCGUUGGCCAGCGAAGCGGUUGCAGCUAAAAGGAGUCAGCUGUCUCCUCAAAAUGAAAUCCCAGCUCGCAGGAUGAAGCCCCUCCGACAGAGCACGCUCAACCACGGCAGCCCGGAGCAGGAUCCCAGCAAAAGCAGCUACUCUCAUGUUGCCACCUGGGCCGAUAAGUACCUGGACAGUGGCGUCUCCCUGCCGAUGGACACAGCGGAGAGCUCGGGCAGUGACUACGACAGCGACGACGGCGGGGCCUCGGUGGAAACCAUGCACCACAGUUACUCGUGUGUCCCGUCCGACGUGGAGAUAUCUGAAAUGAAACCCGAAGCUCCAGAGAAAGCUCGUAGCAAGGCAAGCUCCCUUGCGUCAUCUCUACGGAGACGUUUGUCAGCUUUUUCCACAAAGCCGUUAGAAGCCGACCUCUCGGAAACCACAGAGCCCGCCCCAAUGUUCCGCCUGGUUCUAGCCGGAGACGCGGGAGCCGGAAAGUCCAGCUUCCUGCUGAGGCUGACGCUCAACGACUUCAGGGGAGACAUUCCGACAACGCUGGGUGUGGAUUUCCAAAUUAAGAGGAUGCUUGUGGAUGGAGAGAAAACGAGCCUCCAGAUCUGGGACACAGCCGGGCAGGAGAGGUUUCGCAGUAUUGCAAGGUCUUACUUCCGUAAAGCUCACGGAGUCCUGCUCCUCUACGAUGUCACUUCAGAAAGCAGCUUCCUUAACGUCAGAGCGUGGAUGGAACAGAUCCAGGAGUCCACGGAAGACAAAAUCCCCAUGUGUGUUAUUGGAAACAAGGUGGACCUGAGAGAGCAGCUCCCAGAAGGCAGCUGUGUGAGCAGUUUGCACGGAGAGAAGUUGGCCAAGGCGUACGGCGCCUUGUUCUGCGAGACUAGUGCAAAGGAGGGAACCAACGUCGUGGAGACUGUGCUUCAUCUGGCGAGAGAGGUCAAGAAAAGUGUCAAACUGAGGAGGCAGUCGGGCUCUGCGGUCCGACUAAGUCCAUCCAACCCAAAGAAGACUCUGAAUGCCUGCUGUGGACUGUAGAAGGUCCAUAUCAGUAGAUACGAUGGCGCAAUGAAGGACACAAAGUGGUUUAUAUUUUGUGACAAAGGCAGAUUUAACUUAAUAUUUAACUUAAUAUAUUUUCAUAAAUGUUACUUCUGAUCAAAAUCAAGAUUUCUAUUGUUUGAAAAUUGCACAAUGACAAAUAGAAAUGUACGUGUUGUAAUCAUGCUUACUUUUGUUGGGGUUUUUAUUUAUUUGGUAGUAAUUUUAUUAAUUAAAUAAAUAAUAAUGUUUUAUUUGAGACUCAUGUCAGUGUUUUUAAAUGAAUGUACCAGUUCUUAAGAAAUCAAAUGCAUUUUUAACAUUUUUAUUAAGCAUCAGCGUGAUCAAUAUUACAUUGCAGGUUCAAAACCUUUAAUUAUUGGAGCACUGAUCAAAUAUUUUUAAGAAUUGUGAUGUUGAAAAUGUCUGUUUACUAAGAUUACAUUCAAAACAAAAGUUCCUGGAUCCCUUUUGUUGUUUUUAUCAC